AUGAAGGUCACCAACGCUAUCUUGCCUCUCUUCGCCUCUCAGGCGGUGGCUCAAGUCAUCGAUAUCCAGAUUGGUGACACCGCGACGCUUGGUCUUAUGCGAGAGGCCGCUCAAGCCGAGAAGAGUGGUGAUCAUGCUCGUGCUGCCGAGCUCCGAGAUCUAUUGAGCAAGUCGCGUGGUCCUUCGCGAGAGACAACCCGGUGGGAGACUGAGUGUUCCGUCAGCUCCAAUAUUAAUGCAGAGAUUUACGUCGUUCCCGACCCUUUACACGCUCCCAAAGAGAUCGCCUGGGCAAUGGAUUACCUCGACAGAUACUGGACAACCGACGACGGUGGUGAACUUCCUUACCCCGGUGACUUUGAUCGUUUCAUGCACUCCGACGGCUUCAGGAUCCUUCGCAUGGACUACAAGGAACUUCCCUGGGCUGUUCGUAACUACCGAGAGGAACUCCUUAAGGAGGGAACCAAGAUGGAGCGCAAGUUCAUCGCCGAGCUAGAUGGGGUAGCCUUUUUUGCGCCUGGCGUUGUGACUUGGCUGGCACCUCUGUUUGCGGGAAGCGAUGUCAAGCCUGGCCAGAAUGCUUGCGAGGAUGAACUCGUUGACUUCAGCAACUGGGAUAAGAAGAAUACUGGAUCUCCGGACGUCAAGUUCUCGUUCAACUACGGCGGUAGAAUGCAAGUUGGUAACUCCAUUGGCAUUCAAGUGAACGCAAAGAAGUCUGUGAAGCAAGGACCCACCAGACAGACGGAAGGGACUACCAAGAAAGCAGCCGAAGGCGAGGCCGAGGCUGGUGAGCUGUAA